AACAGUUUUGCGCGCUGCCGUUUGUAUGUGUGUGUGUGUGUGUGUGCAGCUACAGCAGCUCUGUUAAACGGAUUAAAGUUAGUGGAGUUAAUGAUGGAGUGUGACAAAAACCAUGGCUGCUAACGGUUCAGCCACUGCUUCGGCCAGGCUGUCAUUUACCAUACAUAUUUAUUGAGCUGCGGCAUGAAGAGCCGAAAACAGAGGUCAGUCAAAACUGGAGGCAACAGAAAGAAAGUCCCCAGCGAUGUGUCCCCCGCCACCAACCUACCUCCUCUGGUCGAAGGCCAGCUAAGAUGCUUCUUGCAGGUGGCGAUAAGCCGGGUACUAUGGACCGUUCACAAGCCUCCUACUGCAACAUUUGUAAGGCUGCGCUGGUGGGGAGAGUCAUCCAACGGGACACACUUCUUCCCGAGAGAUGGAUCACAGCCGUCACAGAAGACCAUCAAGACCACAGCUCGCUUUCCUAUCCGCUGUGGGCCGAAGCAGUUCACCUCAUAUCUUACAGAUAUGGGCUCUCUGGUGCUGGAAGUUCUGACAAAACCUGAUCAUUUGCCAAUUGCACGGGCUCAGGUUGCGGGCAUCUCUCGUCUCUCUCUGUCACACCCCAUCAGUGGAUUUUACACCCUUAUAUCUCCAACAUCUGAAAAGCUGGGAGAGUUACAGGUUUCCCUUCAUUUGGAGCCUCUCACAGAAGCCUAUGACAGCAGCAGCUCAGGCCCCAUCACAGAUAUCAGCAUUGAAGGACCACAAGCCACCACACUGACUGUGCCCUCACAGCCCAGAUCGCUCUCAGCUGGCAGCGGGAAAGAAUUAGCUGGCAGCAGCAGUGGAAACACUCCAAGAGGGAAAGACUACUUGUAUUUCCAAAAUGCCAAGAAAGGCAAAGAAGUGUCGCUGGAGAAUCAAAUGCCGACAAACGGAUCUCCAAACAGUCAAACGGCUGUUAAUCCUUCAAAUCAGGAGCCUUGUGGCCAAACAACCAAUGAUAUCCUCUCAGUUAUCCUCGAGCGUGGGAACAAGCUCAGAAAUGCUAUGGUUGUGUCAACUUUGAAAUGUGACAUGGAUUCUGCCCCGGCUCUGAAAGACACCCCUCUACCUCUCCCAAAGGAUAACAUCCUGCCACCUUCCAAGCUGUUCCCAUCUCCCUCUGGGAUGUUUCUUCAAAAUAUUCUUCAUGCUGAUUCAACUCUCAAGCACUCUGAGGAUGUUGCUGUAGUGUCAGACUGCAGCUUAGACUGUCCUGUUGACAUGGAUAACAGAGCCGUGACUCUGCUCCUCGGCAGCUUAAACACGUCUCCUCUGCCUCUCUGGGAUGGAGAAGGCUCUUUCCCUGAAUCUCUGUCUGGCCAUAGCAGUGUGUGUGAUGACAGUGAGCUCAAUGAUCCACAAUAUGAUCAGAGCUUACUGGAAAAUUUGUUCUACAAAACUCCUAUGUCAGAUAUCGGACCAGACGACACUGAGGUGGAGGGUCAAGGAACAGUGUCCCAGAGUAAAACACAGCUGACGCAGUCUGCACCAAAGAUUAGUGGAAGUCCAGGAUCAGAGCCUCAGCGGUCUGCAGAUGUUGGUGGUAUCCCUCCUGGUGUGAGUGCAGAGCAGUUGACUUUGCUAAGUUCGAUCCGGCUGGCGCGAGUGACCAUCGACUCCCUAAUCGUACCUACAGGCAGUACAACCACCACACCUAGAAAGACCUCUAGUAAAGGGAAACCUCCUCGACCAUUAAUCAGCAAGAAGUGCACAUAUUUUAUCGAGUAUGUGUUCCCGAUGGCCUCCACUUCCAGUCGACAUGAUCGUAGUAAGGGUGUCGAUGGGGAGGUGAUCAGAGCUGUUGCCAGUAAAGUCACAAGAGGAGCGGUUAAGUUCCAGCAGCAUUCUUUGUUUCCUGUCAACUUCAGUACAGCAACAGUUAAAAAAUGGUGGGGAACUGAUCUGAUUUUCAAGAUUUACUCACGAAAGAGCGACCAAAAAAAACCUGUUCCCAUCGGCAAGGCAGUUCAUCCUCUGCGCUCUCUGCUGCAGAGCAAGCAGCUGACUCAGUCUGUCGUCUUACCUGUACAGACCGUGGAAGGAAACAGUGAAACACAGGAGAUUGGACCUCUCAGGGUGUCACUAGAACUUGCUACAGACAACAAAGAUUUCUCCUCUGAAAAAAGUAAAAGCAAGCUGGCUCAGAGAGAUGCAUCGCCUUCACAAACUGCACCCAGUCCACAGAGAGAGACCAGCUCCAGAUCUCACCAUGUUGCUUUUGGCAGGGAGGAGUUACCAGCUGCCUCUUCUGAAGAUCCCAGGCUGAAUGUUUGGAGUCCUCAGAAACCCUCAAAAAAAACGUCUCCUCAUCUCGGCCUCCACACAUCUCCUGACAAAUCACGGCAGCAGGUGGAGGAGGAUCCUGAGGUCCUGCUGCAUACGUUACUCAUGGUGCCAGAUGGAAAGAACUUCAACUGUGGGCCCAUGCAGGCUCCAAAUGUGUACUUGAACUGUAAACUCUGGUGUGAUGAGACAACGAGAUCUGUCAUGAGCUGGGGACAGGCAAAUCCUUCUUUCAACUUUGUUCAGGUGACCCCUGUGGCCUUAACAACUAAGCUGCUGGAGCGGAUGAAGAACAACGUGAUGGUAAUCGAGGUGUGGCAGAAAACAGGAAGUACAGGGCAGGAUCGACUCCUCGGUCUCGUUAAAUUACCUCUCCACCAGUUCUACAUGUCAUUUAGGGAUCCAAAGAUCGCCCACCUGCUUCUCCAGGCGCAGUACCCUGUUUUAGGGGUGGACUGCUACAUGCCGGUAGUUGAUGUGUUCUCAGGUAGUUGUAAAGGACACCUCAGGGCUGUUUUGGCUAUGGGCCAAUCAGAGCAGAUAGUUGCCCUCCAGCGCACGAAGGAUGAAGAAUACGACUGCUUGCCUCAUCUUGUGAGACCAGUUCAUCUGCUUGAUCACCAGUCUCAUUCACAAACAAAGGUGAUUGCAGCACAACAGGAAGCAACGAGAGAGCAUCUGUUUGUUAUAAGAGUGGAGAAGGUAAAUGGGCUGACACCUCUGCAGUCCACAGUGUGGGGUGAGGCUGACUGCUACAUUCAGUACAGUUUCCCCUGUCAGGAGGCUGACCCUGCUGCAAAAGUGGACCAAAACCUCAUAGAGAGUAACGUGAACCUGAAGUUGUUUCGUACCACCACCACUCUCUGUGUCCCUGACCCGGUGUUUGGCCACACCGAGACUCAUGUGCUUCUGGCUCCUGAAGGAGUUCCUGUUCAGAGGCUGCUGCUCAGCUCUCUUUCAAGUCAAGGCCUAAGCAGUGGAGGGGGUGUCCAGUUUGAUGUCUGGUGCAGAUAUUAUUAUCCAAACGUUCGAGACCAGCUUGUGGCCAAAGGAAUACUUCCGUUGUCAAAGCUGUGUGCCAUGGUCACCAUGCAGAGACAGCACCCUAAUGAUGCUCAAAUGUUCUCCCUGCCCCUGAUUCCCAGGACUGAAAGUCCCACAGGACAUCAGCCUCAGCCCUCAGGCUUAUUAGAUGUGUGCAUUCGAUACAAGCACCGACCAGUGAGACCUGAAGGACAGGCUGGCAAAGGAGCUGCCUCUCGUGUUGUGACACUCGUUGUUCAGGUGCACAGAGCAUCAGGUCUGCAGGCUGCAGCAAGGGUUUUAUCAGAACAAGAUGAAAGAUUCAGCUACUUUGCCGGUGUGGGAGUGAACUCGUACGUCACAGUCGAGGUCUCCUUCUUGCCCGAGAGUGAGAAGAGGUGCACCCGCGUAGCUGCCAGGACCUUCUGCCCGGAGUUCGACCACCACAUAGAGCUGUCCUGUGAUCUGCUGUUUCAGAGGAGCAGUGGAGAAACCUGCAGCCUGGCUGAGCAGCUGGAAGACGCUACUGCCGUCUUCACUGUCUGGAACAGAGACAGUCGCAAAGCAGUGCAAACUCAUAAGCCUAAGGAUGUGAUGCUGGGCACAGUGAAAAUACCUCUUGAUGAUCUCAUCCUUAAAAUAACAGGUAUUUCUGGCUGGCGUGGAGUGUAUAUAUCUCAGGAAACAAGUUCUUCUCAGCACCAGCACAUCUUGGUCGGGGGCCUUGAUAUCUCCAUCAACUUCGCCCACCACUCGGACAGGGAAAGAGUCAUUAAAGCUGCUCAGGGUUUGAGCUGGGAAAUGGCCCAUAAUGACAUGCAGGAAGAUGAAGAAGCUUGGGAAGAUGGUACGAGAAAGAUGUCUUUGACUUUUUCGAUGCCUAGAGCAUGGAUACCUGUUCACUGCUUGCUACUGCCGGGCCUCAGUGAGCUUGAGCGCACCACCUACUGCUAUUUCAGGUACAAGUUCUACGACCAGGAUGCCUUCUGCUCCCAGUUGAAGCACCCCUCUGUUGAGGAGGGUGGGCAGGCCACAGUGACUUUCCAGGGAAGUAGAACUGUGGAGCUGAGGAGCACUCAGCCCUUGAUGUGGUAUCUUCGAGAGGAGAGGUUGGAGGUUCAGGUGUGGGUUGCCUUUAUAAAAGAGAAAACCCAAAGGCCCCGAGACACAGACCGACUGGUGGGUUCAGCGUUUGUCGACCUGUCCUCUCUUGCAAGGUCGCCCAAGCAGAAGCAGACUCUCAGUGGAGUGUAUCCGCUGUUCAGACGCUCAGCAGCAGAUCUACAAGGGGCUGCUCUGCGGGUGCACAUCGCCCUGACGGCAGGUAUUGCCCCCGUGGAGGUGCCUGCUGGAGUUGACACCCAGGUAGACUCGGACAGCCAGGGGGAAAUCUCAUCAGAGGAGGUGGAAGCAGCAGAUCGAACCCUUUUGCCCUCUACACCCAAAAAAUCACAAAGCAGCCACAAGAGUAAAUUGUCCAGAACAACCCCAGACAUCACAUCCGUGCAGCACACAGAAAUGAGCAUGGAUGAAUCUUUCCCUGUGACUGUUACAGUGGACCAGGCUAUGCACCUGAAUCUCAAAGGAUGUCCUCUAGCAGAGCGCAUGGAAGGGUCACCAUGCUGCUGUGUUUCGUACAUCACUGCCAACUCUGCUGAACUAGCGUCCACAGCUGUCAUAGCCAACACUGACUGCCCUGUGUGGGACCAUCAACAUGAGUGCAGGCUUUCAAAGCAGCUACUGGUUGAUCCACAACAAUCUCUCGUGUUUAAAGUCUGGCAUAAAGGAGAAACGGAGAGGGUGAUUGGAUUUGCCUCUGUAGACCUGUCCCCUUUAGUCUGUGGGUUCCAGUCAGUGUGUGGUUGGUACAACAUCACAGACUUCAGCGGUCAGUGUCACGGCCAACUCAAAGUGUCCAUCACUCCGCUAAAGGGGGUCCAAGACCUCCGAGGACAGAGAAAAACUGUGAAUGAAGAAGCUGCCAAAAACUCACCGGCUUUAUUCCAGGCACUCCCUCUCAGCUACCACACCACAGCCACAUACAGCAGCUUCCCCUCUCACAUCAGUCGACACCCCGAGCAAAAGAUCUCGUCGCCGGACCGCACAGACUGGCUGUUCUCUGAAAGGUCUAAUGAGAGUGACCGCCACUUUGAGCACAUGGACCAAGUACGUCUUUACCAUCAGGGUCUGCAGGAGCAGACCUGCUGCUCAUUCUGUCUGAGCAGCAGUGCUGGUGACCUCAACCCCUCCAGCUCCUUCCUGUUUUCAGCUCUCAGGAAAAAACUGUCUGAGCUCGACAACAUCCAGAGAUACUUCAGCCGUAAACUUUCAACUCCCACAUUCCCAUCCACGAGUGAGCAGGACUGUCAGACCAACCACCAGCAACCGAAGGACACGGAAACAGACACAUGUCAGCUUCUUCUCAAGUCCAACCACUUAGUUGGACAAGUCAACAACAUCAUUACUGGUCUACAAGGAAAACACUUGGAAAGAAUUCUCUCAGACCCCCUGAGCAGAUCUUCCCCUGUUGGAGACAACAACCCUCAAACUAUCCCAGAGAGCAUCUCCAGUCCAUGCAGAGCUUCAAAUUCUUCCCAAGACGAUGUGUCUCUUCUGCGCUCACCACUGGCAAAGAUGUCUGAGGACCUUAUAGACUCUGAGCCCGAGGAAGAGCAGGACAGACACAACUACAAGGUUACUGUGUCCGAGGACGAAAACGAAGGAACAGACGAAGAUGGUACAGGUUGCACACGGGAUGAGGAAGAUAAUGAUGAUGGUGAUGAAGAGGAAGAUUACGAGGAGGUUGUGGUGAAGCCGAGGCCUCUAAACGAGGUGACCUCUUUAACAGACAAAACCAGUCCUUGGACCAGCAUCAUGUCAGACCCUGACCUGGUUUCUCUGGAGAGCCUGGAGGCGGAUCUGAGCGAAGAUGAGGACGAGAAAAGGCAGAUGGUAAAUCUGCGAACUCCGGACGGUAGUGGGGCCGAGAGACGAGAAGAAGAACAUCAACAAAGUGACAGUUUUAAUGGAUCAGUAGUAGACUCAUCAGACACAGAGGGAGAUGGUGAAAGGACCCAACCCAACAGCCCAAACGAGGGGUCGGCUGACAGAGCUUCAUCAUCCACCGCACAGCACGCCACGGAUACCCAUGAUGCUUCAUGCUCCCCCGACAAUCAAGACGUUCCACUCCAACCCUCGGUCCCUGUGGAGGUCCCUAAUUUCUUCCUCCCCUCUCACCAACUGGAGGCCUCUAUGAGAGUCAUUCGUUUAGCUCCUUGUUUCUCCAGGACGGCCACUGACCCAGGGCCGAGCUCUUCACUCCACAGCAUUCCACAUCACCGAGGUCCCCGACAGCGUCCCAACAUGUCACCGUCAUCCCUGAAGAAAGAGACUGAAAGAAUAGCAAAAAUAUUUGCAGCUCACUUUGAUGACAAUCACUAGUGUGGUGCUAGAAAUGUGUACAGCUCAGUGGUUUGAGAUCAUGUGAAAUAAAUGUGACAUUUUGUAUUUUUAUAAAUAAAUAUGAACUGUUUAUUGUUUCAA